AUGAACUCGUUCGUGGAGUACUCGUACCACCAGCCGCACGUGCACCAGCAACACCCGGACCCAGGUUUCUCUCUGGCUCCGGGUUCGUUCCACACGGGCCCCAGUGCACAGAGCGCCUCCUCCAGAGGAGACAGUGGGUACAGUGGGGACGCGCGGCUGUACCAGGAGCCUCUGCCCACUCACCAUCAGCAGCACGAGCAUCAGCAGAACCACGGCUACCAUCACGCGCCCCCACAGCACCACGCGCACGCUCAGCAGAGCGCGCCCCCGCACCAGAACGCACAGAACGGGCUCGUUUACGGUGGCCCAGGAGCCGGCUACAGCUCCUGCGCCGCGAGCUCGGACUAUGUCAGCCCGCAGUACUUCUUGGAGGAGCCCGUGGGGCCUUCGUACUACCAGCAACCUUUCCCCUGCUCAGCCCCAAACACCGGCCCGAGCUACGGGACCCUGGCAGGGGCCUACUGUGGGCCUACAGCCGGACAGUACCCGCAGCAGCAGCCUCUCCCCGGGUACCUUCUCCAGCCUGGAGCCUACGGCGAUCUGUCACUGAAUCAGGAGCGGGAGAGGCCCGAGGAGGAGCCCGGGGCCCCGAAGGGGCAGACGUUUGACUGGAUGAAGGUGAAGAGGAACCCUCCUAAAACAGUAAAAGUGGCAGAGUACGGGCUCGCGGGCGCGCAUAACGUGAUCCGCACAAACUUCAGCACGCGCCAGCUCACGGAGCUGGAAAAGGAGUUUCACUUCAGUAAGUACCUGACGCGCGCGCGCCGCGUGGAAAUCGCGGCCACGCUCGAGCUCAAUGAGACCCAGGUGAAGAUCUGGUUUCAGAACCGGCGCAUGAAGCAGAAGAAGCGCGAGCGUGAAGGGGCUCCCGCUCGCUCUCCGGCCUCCGGUGGCGGUAAAGAUCCAGAUGACUCCAACUCGGAACAUUCCUCCGCGUCCACGUCUCCAGGUGCGUCUCCGAGCUCCGAGACAUAG